AAAAAAAAGACACAGAGACAAGCUUGCAAGGGAAACUGUAUUGUUGUCGGUGGGGUACGAAGCGGCAGCGGAUCAAAGGCUUCACCAUGUCCAAGCGCGCCCUUCCUCUUGUGGUGCUCAAUCUGGGCUGCGAAAUGCUCUAUGUCCUUGAUGAGCGCCUGACCGCUCAAAAUGUGCCCUCGGACAAAUCACUCCGCGUCUUGGGAGAUAUCGCCCGUGCUCUGUUUGCUCCUAGCUUUCAGGAUGCCCUGUUCAAACCACAAGCCAUGUAUAGCCCUGACAGCCUCCAUGCCAUCUUCGAGCAUCUGAGCCGAGCCAGCACGAUGCGCCUCAAUGAAGAGAGCAUGUCCAAGCUGUACGACUUGAUGCUGAUGGUCUGCAAAUACCAGCUGAUGCUCAUGCGGACGGCUGAUGAGCUGCUCGGCCUGACGCUCAAUCAUAUUCAUACUGUGGCCACCACGAUAGUGGCCAAUAGUGCAGCCGAGGAGCUGGCUACCGCAUGUAGCCAACGCAUACUCGAGGUAUACGGGAACAUGAGCUCGGGCCAGUGGGAGCGCAUGCGGCGUUCUCUGCUGAUGAUUCUCCAGGACAAGCACACCCGGGUGUCUCUCUUGUUGCAAGCGAACUAUCAGGGACAAGACGGACGUGCUCGCUUGGUACGCGAGGGGCCGGUUGCUCGCGGAAGCCGUGUACCGGGUACCAUCACCUUGUUUGAGCACGGGGCGGAACGCAGCCAUGCCGUCGUAGCGACGAAGUUUGAGGUGCGUCAGACUAGCUUGCCAACCCUCGCCGGCGCCUGCGGCUUUGGCCCCGUCUCACGCCAGUGCGGGCCUGUGCCUGACAGCAAGCGGAAGAGCGACCACUCGACUAUUCGGCCCACCAAUUUGGCACGGAUUUGGGUGAUAAUCUGUACGGGCGUGAUUGCAUUCGAGUCUGAGCGCAGCUUGUCUACCUGCGUGCGAAUAUUCACCGCCAUGUUCUCUCUCUUUGUGAUGCUGACCAAUGUCAGUUACCGUCGAGCCCGCGACGGUUUAUUGGUGGGUGUCGAGGUCCCAACCUCAAGCUCCCUGGCGACGUCUGCCGAUCCAGCUCCAGACGAGACCCCAGCCAAAGCGGUCCAAGUUCUACCCAAUCAGCCUCGACAAGAGACCAACGAGGCUGCAUUGGCAGGGCUUGACCUUUUGUCCCGGAUCGUGGGUGCUCAAGCUCCAACCGAAAAAACUUUUAAGCUCAUGCUCUUUGCCGAGACUGCCGAGCUGUCACCGUCGGCUCCCGCGGAUCUACAUGCACAUACGGCGCGGUUGACGGUUGCUUCUGCCGAGUCGAACUCGGCUCGCUUGGCCGCGCUGCGGGCCGAGCUGGAGGCUCCUCUUGAUGAACCGGCACCACCGAGCGGUUUGGGGGAUGCCGGUGAUCUGCUGGCUUUGAUGGAUAAUCUUUGAAUCAGGGUUCUUUACAGAACAACAUUUUGAGCGUGUGCGCGAAUGUAUCCCGGAAUAAACGAUCAACGCCUGU